GUGACAUCAGCAGCAUUGUGGCAGAUGUUGAGUGGGCACGGGGUCCAAAGCGUUCGAAACCAGAUCCGAAACGCGCUGGAGGCAUUUUGGGCCAACAUGUGAUGCCCCAAGUGGGCGAUCACGUGGUGGUGCUGGACCCGCAGUUGGCGCGAUGGCUGGUGGAACCCACUGGAACCAUCUUGGAGGUCCGGUGCGAUGGCGGCCAUGUGAAGGUGGAACAUGAUGGGGCAGCCCGAGAGGAGCGAUAUUACAACACCGGCAAGGACGGUGUGUAUCAGUUGGCCCUUGCACCUCCCAUGCCAUCGCUGGUGGCUGAUCCGCGGCCGCGCUUCUCGUGGCUCCCUCGGCCACCCUCCAAAGUGGAGGUGAAAGCAGCAUCGAACGUGUCGCAGGCGGCGAGCAACACGAUUCAGCAGCGGCCGCGCUACUCUGAAGUGCGCAGGAGCGGCUCGCAAAGUCGUCAGCCAACGGUCGCCGCAGCAGCCGAGCCGCAAGUGGAGACAGCUGCGAGGACGGGAUCGGCCCGGAUUGAGGUUCACGGCCCCGUUACUCUGAACUGCGGAAAGCGCGACGGUCUGCAGUGCCGUGGCUGUGCAGUGGGUAGGCCAUGGGUGAAGCACCAGAGGCGCGAAUCUGUCGCCAAGAAUCUCAUGGGGCAGGUGUGGAUGUUUGGGCGAAAUUACAUUGCGGAACUAAUUUGUGAAGCAUUGCGGCAGCCGACGGAUAGUCUGCGACAGGAAUAUCUUCAGCCACCGACGGCGGUGGACGAGAUGCCAGGUUGGGGGUGCCCCGUGUUGCCCAAGGUAUUCGGAGUUGAGAAAGGCUUCAAGAAGCCCGGUGAGGCUGUCCGAAACCAGGCCUGGACCCUGCGAAGGUCCCCCACGGCUCCCAGUGAGACUUCGGUGCCAAAGCCGGCCACGUGGCAAAGGCGCGAAACCACCUUGCUGACCAAGCAGUUGAAGGAAUUAAAAGCCUCCAAGCAAUCUGUUCACAGAAGUCUUGCCGUAAACACAGCCAGCAACGACAGGCACUUGGAGGUUUGCGAGGAGCGGCUGCGGCAGCACUUUGAGGCGGAGACGCGGCAACUGCUGGAGAUGGCGGAGCGGCAGAUCCUGGGCGAGGUUAAGGAGCGCUCGCUGAAGAUGCUCCGGAGCUGUGGCUCCCCCGACCGGAGUUCGGGACCACAGCCAUCGGAGACCAAUGAGGAGCCGGAGCAAGAGCCUGGGUACGAGACGCCCAAUGGAGAGGAGGAGCCAUACUACCUGGACAAGGCCGUGGGUCGCGAGGUUACCCAGGUUGGCCUGUCACGUGCCGAGCUGGCAGAUUCCGUGCCUCGGCUCUGCGAAUUGAGUCUGCAGACCAUCGGUUCCAUUGCGCGCCGGGUCUCUGCUUCGCUGGGCGGCAGGCCUAGCGGAGCUCCAGCUACUCAAAGAGCCUUGGAGCGAGACAACCCAGGCGAUUCACGGCGUCAACCAGCCCAAGUGCAAAGGCCGAAGGAACAGAAGGAACGUGGUUUCGACUUGGAACAGGAGAUGGAACACCUGGCUGACAUGAGGCGCUUCGCCUCGCAGGCUGGGGAGUCGUGGGUCGGAGGCUGCAAGCAGCUUGGCUUCCAGGUUCUAGACUUACACGUGAUGCCUCGCAAGCCGAGUGGCGAGAUCAGGUUCGGACACCCGGUCCCUGCGCUGCGGCAGUCCGCCUUGCCGCGCACGGCCAAGGCGGUGCCCUGUGAACGCUGGAGGCGACGCCCCUCUGCAAGCCGAUCAGAAGCUGAACCACCCUGCCCCUGGGACGAGGAGCCAGACACGCCUCCACGCCGAGACGCCAGGGAUGCAAGGCCCAACGCUUCCAAUGUGGCGCGACAGCAUGCGACAGCAGGUGACAGCCGUCAGGUCUGGCAGCACGUUGAUAGCGAGGGGAACAUGCGGAAAGUUGGAAUCAUUCCGUUGGCUUUGAG